UCUCUCCUGCGUCGCAGGCCCAAUCUCUCUCUCUCAAUAAUGAUGGGAAGGGAAAUUAAAGAUCAUGGUCGCUGAGAAGAAGGAAAUGAGUGCCCUUGUUUGUUCCUUUACUCUCCCCCUCUCACUCUUUUUCUUUCUCUCUCUCACCUGCCUCUAUAUAUAGCAUGAACAUGAUGGCCUUCUAAAUUGUGGCCUUUCUCCUUCUCUCUGUCUAAACGUCUCAGCUGCUUUCCCUUCUUACAGUUUCUCUCGAUAAAGCUUGAAAAACCAAUUUGUAGGUCUCACAGUAUCAAUAUGGGAAGCACUGACGGAACCAACUAUGGGGCUUUCACCUAUGAGAAUCUUGAGAGAGAAACUUACUGGCCAUCUGAGAAGCUCCGAAUUUCCAUUACUGGGAGUGGUGGUUUUAUUGCCUCCCACAUUGCUCGCCGUUUGAAGAGUGAGGGCCAUUACAUUAUUGCUUCUGAUUGGAAGAAGAAUGAGCACAUGACAGAAGAUAUGUUCUGCCAUGAAUUCCAUCUCGUGGAUCUAAGGGUUAUGGAUAAUUGCUUGAAGGUUACAAAGGAUAUAGACCAUGUAUUUAACCUUGCUGCUGAUAUGGGUGGGAUGGGCUUCAUCCAGUCCAACCACUCUGUCAUUAUGUAUAACAACACAAUGAUCAGCUUCAACAUGCUUGAGGCUGCUAGGAUCAAUGGAGUUAAGAGGUUCUUCUAUGCCUCUAGUGCUUGUAUUUACCCUGAAUUUAAGCAGCUGGACACUAAUGUGAGCUUGAAGGAAUCUGAUGCCUGGCCUGCAGAGCCUCAAGAUGCAUAUGGCUUGGAGAAACUUGCUACGGAGGAAUUAUGCAAGCACUACACAAAGGACUUUGGAAUUGAAUGCCGAAUUGGAAGGUUCCAUAACAUUUAUGGUCCUUUUGGAACUUGGAAAGGUGGCCGUGAGAAGGCACCUGCUGCUUUUUGCAGAAAGGCAAUCACUUCCAUCAACAAGUUUGAGAUGUGGGGAGAUGGACUUCAAACUCGAUCCUUCACCUUUAUUGAUGAAUGCGUGGAAGGUGUGCUGAGAUUGACCAAGUCGGACUUCCGGGAGCCGGUGAACAUUGGAAGUGAUGAAAUGGUUAGCAUGAAUGAGAUGGCUGAGAUUGUUCUCAGCUUUGAGAACAAGAAGCUCCCGAUCCAUCACAUUCCUGGCCCAGAAGGUGUCCGAGGCCGUAACUCAGACAACACCCUGAUCAAAGAGAAGCUUGGUUGGGCUCCCACAAUGAAGCUGAAGGACGGGCUGAGAAUUACCUACUUCUGGAUCAAGGAACAGAUUGAGAAAGAGAAGGCUCAAGGUAUUGACUUGUCCAUUUACGGAUCAUCUAAAGUGGUGGGAACCCAAGCACCAGUUCAAUUGGGUUCACUUCGUGCUGCCGAUGGCAAAGAAUGAAGUGGUUGAAGCUUCAAUGGCCAUUCUAUUGUGAUAAAGAAUACCAAAAUUUUCCCCUUGAUAUGGUUAUGGACAUACGAUAUUGCACUCGUAAGUUAUACAUGGUUAUGGAGUACUAGGAAGGUAUUUGAGUGGACCAUUAAUUGCUUAAACUAUAUAUAUAUAUAUUUUUUUCUUGUUUGUAUCAUGUUGCUGCAUUUCAGGGAAGUUAUCAUACCCAUUUCAUCAGAUGUCUUGCAACUUUUUGCUUUGAUAUUGUAUUUUGGCAUUGGUUGGCAAAAUUCUCUCAUUCAUGUUGAAUUUUGUGAUACCUAAGUGGUAAAACUUAGCAGCUAUAAAUGGAAUUGUUGUGGAGGCGGCUGCAAUUCUGUGAAUAAAAUCCUUCGAUUUAAGAGUUCAA